GAGCACCCCAAUUUUCCCUUCGACGACUCUACGAAGAAAAAGAAAGGCUCAAAAUCCUUUUACACGGAGAGAAACAAGACAGAAAAUAAAUACAAACGAACCGAGAAGUUAGAGAGAGAGAGAUAGUGAAGUCAUUAAUGGCGGAGGGGAAGAAAGAGAGAAAGUUGAACAGCGAAGACAGCGUGAAGCUGUUUGUCGGUCAAGUGCCGAAGCACUUGACCGAAGCUCAACUCCUCGCAAUGUUCAAAGAGUUCGCUCUAGUAGACGAAGUCAACAUCAUCAAGGACAAGACGACGCGCGCUUCCAGAGGGUGUUGCUUUGUGAUAUGUCCGUCGAGGCAGGAGGCAGAUAAAGCGGUCGAUGCGUGUCAUAAUAAGAAGACUUUGCCCGGGGCAUCUAGUCCGUUGCAAGUGAAGUAUGCUGAUGGCGAGUUGGAAAGAUUAGAACACAAGCUCUUUGUUGGUAUGCUUCCAAAGAAUGUUUCCGAAGUUGAAGUUUCUACUCUUUUCUCUAAAUAUGGAACAGUAAAGGACCUGCAGAUAAAAAAAACCCAAACACUAUUUAAAGGCUGUGCAUUCUUAAAGUAUGAGACAAAAGAACAAGCUCUUUCUGCCCUGGAAGCCAUGAAUGGAAAAUAUAAAAUGGAGGGUUCAAGUGUUCCUUUAGUUGUCAAGUGGGCAGACACAGAAAAAGAAAGGCUAGCUCGGAGAGCUCAGAAAGCUCAUUCCCAGGCUGUUAAUGUGCCAAAUGCUGAUUCACAACAUCCUUCGUUAUUUGGAGCCUUACCUAUGGGUUAUGUUCCCUCAUAUAAUGGUUAUGGUUAUCAGGCUCCUGGGGCAUAUGGACUCAUGCAAUACCGCCUACCUGGACUGCAAAACCAACCAGGUUUCCAUAAUAUGAUACGCCCUGUAAACCAAGGAAAUGCUUUGCAUGGUAUCAGGCCUCGCAAUAUCGCCCCCAGAAAUUUUGCAAUGCCUCCUGCAAGUUAUGUGGGCUCUGCUUAUCCUGCAGUUCCAGGUCUUCAGCAUCCGAUGAUGUAUCCUGGAGGAAUGAUGAGUCACCGGCCAUUGAGUUCACCUGGUUCAGUGUCACCUACAGUUGUGAACAGUAACCCAGCAACAUCCUCAGGCACCAGUAGAAGUUCUGGGGGUCAGGUUGAAGGUCCACCUGGUGCUAAUUUAUUUAUCUAUCACAUACCUCAAGAAUUUGGAGAUCAAGAACUUGCCAAUGCUUUUCAAGCAUUUGGUAGGGUUUUGAGUGCCAAGGUUUUUGUUGAUAAAGCAACCGGCGUCAGCAAAUGUUUUGGAUUUGUAAGUUAUGAUUUACCAGAGUCUGCUCAAUCUGCUAUCAGUGUGAUGAAUGGAUACCAAUUAGGUGGUAAGAAAUUAAAGGUUCAGCUUAAGAGAGACAACAAACAGAACAAACCAUAUUGAUUUGGAGGUGAGUGAUGCAAGGACAAAAUUUCUCCGGCUGCAUGCAAACCGAAUGCAUGGGAGUCAACUCAACUUCAUCAACAUUGUAGGGUGGAUUUAGCUGAUCUGCAAUUAUAUGGGUUAUUCCAGCCUACGUGUAACUUCCUCAAGGGAAUGAAAGUCCUGAAACUUGUAAUUCAUGGUGCAUACCGUGCCAAUACAAUCUGUAAUUUGUGAAUCAUGAAAGUUCAUUUAGACAGUAACUAUCAAUUUAUUGAUUCUUCCCUCAUGAACAUCUGGUUGUAUAAUUUUGUUGAAUCAUUCAUGAUAAUUGAUCCCCGAUUCUUU